GGCAACGGCGCGGCCUGCGCCCCUCCGGGACCCACGGGCCUCCCUGACCCGCCCCCGGGACAGGGACGCACCCCCUCGAUGCCCCCUGACUCACCGGGAUAAGGAGCGACCGCGGCCGACCCCACCCCCGACCUCCCCGGGAGCGGGACGGACGCUUUCCCACCCCGCAAUCCUCCCCUGGCGCCCCCCGCUGCCCCCGUUCGCGACCCCCCCUUGGGGGCCUCCUGCUACACCCCCGCUUUGGGCCCUCCCCUCCACACUCUGGCCGCUCUCUUUGGGGUGUCUCCCGUGACGCAUUUUGGGGGCUGCUCCCCCCCUUUCCUCUGCACACUUUAAUUGCCCCCCCCCCCGGGGCUGGUUCUGGCCCUCCCCUUGGUGUCUGAGAAUUGAGGGGGAUACUAGAAACGCGGCACUGGGAAUAAGAGGCACCGGGAAUAAAGGACACUGGGAAUGGGUGCGGGGACAAGGGUGACACCAAACACUGGUGGAGGGACACACUGGGAGCAAUGGGGCUACACCUGCGAUGGGGGGGUGGAUACACUGGGGACAGGAGGGACAAUGGCAAGAGGUUUGGGGACCCUGGGAAUUGGUGGGGGCCACACUGGGAAUGGGUUCUGGGGACACUGGAAAUGGGAGGACAUAUGGGAUCACCACUCUUGCCACAGAUCCAGGGACACAGUCCUGAUCCUGCCUCCUGUCCCCAGAACGCUCCGUGGCUCCUUCCCGAGUUCUGGACUUUGCUCCUUGCCCCUUGGCAACGUGACCAGAGGAAAAUUCCGUCCUGAGGAGGGGAGAGAGAGGAGCCCGGAGAGCCUGAUCCCUGGAGAGCCUGAUCCCAGGAAAAGCUUCUCCUAGGAGCACCUAAUUCUGGGAUCGCCUGGUCCCGGGAUCACCUCAUCCCCAGGAGAAUCUGGUCCUGGCAGCACCUGAUCCCAGAAAAUUCCAGCUGGCAGAGGAGAAGCUCAUCCUGGGAUCCCCCGUCCCGUCGCUUUCUGCCAAUCCCGGUGUCCUCCAGAGUCUCCCCGUGUUCUCCUGCCAUGGCUGAGCCCUCUGGGUAUUGGGACAGCAUCCCUCUGGAUGAUCCCGGCCUGGACAUCGCUGCUGGGGAGGAAUUCCUGCAGGAAGUGUUCCAGAUCCUGCUGGAGGAGGGUGUGCAGAAGAGCACGGACGUGACACAGAAGGUGUGUGACUGGAAGGAGCCCCAGGAGCUGCGGGAGCUGCUGGAUCUGGAGCUGCGGAGCCACGGGGAGGGGCAGGAGCAGCUCCUGCAGCGCUGCCGGGACGUGCUGCGCCUCAGCGUCCGCACGGGUCACCCCCGGUUCUUCAACCAGCUUUUCUCGGGGCUGGACCACCAUGCCCUGGCCGGGCGGUUCCUCACCGAGACCCUCAACACCAGCCCAUACACGUACGAGGUGGCCCCAGUGCUGUUGCUGAUGGAGGAGCAGGUCCUGGCCAAGCUCCGGGAGCUCGUGGGGUGGAGCAGCGGCGACGGGAUCUUCGCUCCUGGGGGCUCUAUGUCCAACACGUUGGCCAUGAAUGUGGCGCGAUUCCGGCGCUUCCCGGAGAGCCGGAGCAGAGGGAACUGGGACCUGCCUCGCCUGGGCCUGUUCGCAUCCCAGGAGAGCCAUUAUUCCAUCCUGAAAGGAGCUGCUCUCUUGGGAAUUGGCACGGACAAUGUUCACCUGGUGCGGACGGACGAGAGGGGGAAGAUGAUUCCGGGAGAGCUGGAGAAGGAGAUCCAGAGGGUGAAAGCUGAGGGCUCAGAGCCCCUCUUUGUGUGUGCCACGAGUGGCACCACUGUCCUGGGCGCCUUCGACCCGCUGGACGCCAUCGCCGACGUCUGCGCCCGCCACGGGCUGUGGCUGCACGUGGAUGCAGCGUGGGGGGGCAGCGCCCUCCUGUCCCCCCAACUCCGUCACCUCCUUGCCGGCAUCCACAGAGCUGACUCGGUGACCUGGAACCCCCACAAGCUGUUGAUGGUGGGGUUGCAGUGCUCGGCCUUCCUGCUCCGUGACGGCUCCGGGCUCCUGCAGCGCUGCCACGGUGUGGGGGCCCCGUACCUGUUCCAGAGGGACAAGUUCUACGACGUGUCCCUGGACACGGGGGACAAGAGCCCGCAGUGCGGCCGCCGCGCCGACGGCCUCAAGCUCUGGAUCCUCUGGAAAGCCGUGGGAAGCCAGGGGCUGGCACGGCGCGUGGAGCGGGCCUUCGCUGCCACUCGGUAUCUGCUGGAGCAGGUGAAGAGGAGGGAGGGAUUCCAGCUGGUGAUUGAGCCAGAAUUUAUCAACCUCUGCUUCUGGUUCAUCCCACCCAGCCUGCGGGGCAAGGACAGCUCCCCGGAAUUCUGGGACAAACUGGGAAAGGUGGCCCCAGCCAUCAAGGAGAAGAUGAUCCGGAGGGGCUCCAUGAUGGUGGCAUACCAACCCCAUGGAUCCCAGGUCAACUUCUUCCGGCAGGUCAUCACCAAUCCUGCUGUCACCCGCCAGGACCUGGACUUCUUCCUGGAUGAGAUCCAGGAAUUGGGAUGGGAUCUGUGAGCCCUCCCCAAACCCCCUAUGAAAGACCCCAAAACCUGUCCCCCAUCCCUGAGGAAGAGGAGCAGAGCCUCGGUUUCUUCCCCACAUCCCAAAAUUGGAAAUGACCCCAAAAUCCCACCCUUAUGGAAUCACACAGCACCUAAUGGUCCUGAUCUGAUAAUAAUUUGAUAUGA